AUGUGGCAGUAUCUUCGCUAUUGCUUGACGCAAUCGAGUCCCGUAUGCCAUCAGGACCUCCCACAAGAGUGUCAUGAAACGGCAGAUACUUCCCCGGUCUAUCCUCUGCAGAAUUCCACGGCCGGAGAAGAUACUGUUGCCUUCAGGUUCGAUAGCGGUGCAUAUACGACCCAGACAUCAGCCGGCGCGGGAUACCGCGGCGACGCGGCCGCCGCAAAGUUCUUCAAAGAAAUAGCACGGGAGUUUUACGGUGAUACAGUAGAGCAGGUCUACGGAUAUAUCUACGGAGGCAGCGGUGGCUCGCUGCAGACUGUCGGGGCCAUAGAGAAUACCAUAGGCGUGUGGGACCGCGGACUCGCGUUGAUUCAGGCCAUCCCCAUCUCGAACCCAGACAACUUCUGUAUCCGCGCUCUUGCAGGCCUGGUAUUGGGCGAGAAAGCAGACCAGGUCAUUGAUGGGGUCCAACCUGGUGGGAGUGGUAACGCCUUCGCUGGGCAUGAAGAGGCCGAGCGCCUGGUCCUUCUGGAGGCUACUGCGCUCGGGAUGCCUUGGCUGGCUGGGAAGAUUUCGAGGGCGCGGCAAACAUAUUUAGAAGCCUUCAGACCAGGUCGAAGCUAA